ACACAUUUAAAAAAAUCAGAAUGUGUAUGUAUACUCAAGUACAGUCUACAGUGUAAAACACGUGUGUCUAAGGCGGCCAUUGUUGCUACAUGUGAAAUAAUUACUCACUAAAUAAAAAUAUAAAUAAUUAGCAAAGUUAUAAUAUAAAUCAAACGAUAAAUUAAAUAAACAAACCGACCAUCAGAAACAAACCAAAUAAUAAUGUCAACGAUGCUCAGAUACGUGCGGCAAUUAAGAAAAUUACAUCAUGUCGGGUGGCGAGUUACACUAAAUCAACCCAAAUUAGAAGGUGCCGGUAUAAAAAAUGUCGGAAAUCAGCUGACAAAUUUAUCAAGGAGUUAUGCAACGAACCUGGCGGUGCGACAAAAGCCGCUUCCAACAGCGACAUUCCAAAACAUGGAGAGUCAGCUGAAGCGAACUGGCCGAGUGUUUGCCGUAGAAAUAGAACACUGGCUGGAAGAAACCCAAUCUCAGAAGAAUAUGUCUAGUUUAAACGCUUUGUUAUUAAUCCGCAGCUGCGGAAAAUCCUUAAUUGACGCAGACUCCAAAAGAAGUAUCCAGCUCGUGCAAAAAGUGUUCAAAACUUUGGAAAGCUUGCAAAUAAAAAUGGAUGUGUCACACUAUAACGCGCUUUUAAAUGUCUACUUAGAAAAAGACUAUGAUUUUUCUCCAGAUAAAUUUUUAUCAAUGAUGGAAGAGAAAAAUAUCGAACCUAACCGGAUUACUUUCCAGAGAUUGAUUGCUGGGUAUUGUAACAAAGGAGACAUCGCUGGAGCGACAAAAAUGUUGGCAGAAAUGAAGAACAAAGACAUGCCUUUGAGCGAAGACAUCUUCAUCUCGCUGAUCAACGGCCACAGCCAAGCUGGAGACAUGGAGAGCGCUCUAAAAACCCUGGAGUCAAUGAAAGCAGCGGGGAUCCAUCCCUCAGCAGACAUCUACGCGACUUUGAUGUGCGCGCACGCUAAAAAAGGCAACAUGGACGGCAUCAGGAGUACUUUUGAGCUGAUGAAAAAAGAAGAAAUAUCUCUGUUAGACAAUCAUUACCUAGAAAUCAUCAACGUGCUAGCUUCCAAUGGGUUUGUCACUGAAGCAGAAGAAUUUUUCACCCAGUUGCCGAGUAUAAUUCGCUCUGAUACAGACAUCUGCAGGACUUUGAUUAAGCUUGCUUUUGAAGGAUACUUGGAGCUCGCGUUAAAGUUGUUGAACUCCACAGCUGAAGAUCCUACCAGGGAGUUAUACAGGUCUUCUCUCAUCGCAAAAGCUUUGGUGCUCAACGGAGGCAAGGUUGAAGACGUGAUCCACAUCUGCAAUUUCGCUAAAAUCGAGCUCAAGAGCGACAGAAAUUUCGCUGUGAUCGUUCUUGAUUGCUUGCAGGAGGGCGUAGACUCAAGAACGACCUUAAAAAUAAUGCAGGCUUGGUUAAAAGCUGGGGGUAAGAUCCACGAGCACUUCUUCUGGCCUUUGAUGGUCUCCCACGGCAAAGCCGGGAAUCCCAAAGGCGUUGCGGAGAUUCUGAAGACUAUGAAGGAAGACUUUAAUAUUUCUCCGUCGAUAGAAACUAUCAGAGACUACGCGAUUCCUUUUAUGUACGGAAACUUGGACUACACUAUCGAGCUGUUGACUCCUCUGGGCAUCUCCAAGAACGAUAUCUUGCUGGUGACUGUCGAGAGGCAGAUGAUUGAGAGGAAAUUAUUGUCAGCUGCUGCUACUAUGGCCAACUACCCGGCUCCGUACUCCAAAGACGUCUUGUUGAACCGCCUGGCCUUGGCUUCUUGGGAGAACUCGCCCAAGCAGUUCAUAAUGAACCUCAGGUACUUGUCUGAUAAUUCUGAAGCUGCUAAUCCUGACCAGGUUCCUAUUACGCUUGUUGAUGAAGCUAUCAAGAAAGUUAUGUCUGUAGUUUCAAGCACCCAGCCCACGGCUGUGGUUAAUUUAAUCAAUGAGCUAGUCGCUUCAGGGCUGAGUAUUUCUAAAGAGACUGGGGAUGAACUCAGGAAUUAUUUGGGAUCUAAAGUUACUCCGGAGCUGAAUGAGAGUAUCAAUAAAUUGACCUCUGGUGACUUGACCAUCGUUCCUAUUUCGGAGUAUCAUCCUCUGCCCGACAAGCCGAUGAAUUCAGCUCUUAACAGACACGUACGCAAUAUAGGAAGGAAGUUUAAUGAGUUGAUAGAGCAGCAUGAUGUUAAAGCUAUUGAGGAUUCUUUGCAGAAGAUGGAAGCUUUUGGACAAAUCACUCCCUGGGCGCUGGCUCAAGCGAUUGGUGUUUUUUCGGAAAAAGACUCCUUGGAGCUUGCUAAGGACUGUGUAAAAAAAUUCAAAGUUUCUUUCCCAGAAGCGUCUUUAGACGCUAAAAAGGCGAUUAAGUUUGCUGACUUGCUGGUGAGGAAUGGACAGUUUGAGGAAGCUGUUAAGUUCAUUGCAGAGCAACCGGAGCUGCCGAGUAACAAUGGGUUGAAUAAGUACGACUUCAAUCUUAGACUCUUGCUGGAGAAAGUUGCUGGUACCCAGAGUAUUGAGCAAGCUUUUAACUUCUUUGAGCUUCUGAGGCAGAAAAAUUACGUCGAGGCGGAUAAUUUUACUUUGGGACCCUUGGUCAAGGCUCAUGCUCUUGCCAAUGACCUCCCGAAGGCUAUGGAAGCUUUUGAACGAGCCUGUGCUCAGUACAACUGCGCGCCGUAUAAGAAUAAGUUGGCUACGCUGCUGAUUGAAGCGGAAGAUGCUAGUAAUUUACAGAAACUCACGGACAUGACUACCCAGGUUCAUGGAGAGAGCAGCGCUCUGGUGGAUCUGGCUUUCGCGUUCAUGGAGUGCGGGAAGAUGCGACAGGCUAGGAAAAUAUUCGAGACUCCUGGGUUGCAGGUUCAGAAUCCGAAGAUAGCUACUGCGAUUGAACAUUUGGUGAAGUUUCAUCCUGAGCAUUUGAUUCAGUUGGUUAAUAUUACUAAGAGUGUUGCGAGGAUGGAUAGAGGGUUUAUGUAUAGUAAAUUGUUGGAUGUGUUUAUUGAGGAUAACAAUUGGGAGCAAGGACUCGCGUUGUGGACUGAGAUGCAGGAUGAUUUUAUACAGCCGACUAAUAAUUUUUUAAAGAAACUCAGCGAUCUGCUUGUAAAAAAUAAUCAGAAGGUUCCUUUUGUAUUUGACCCGGAGGUGAGUCAGGAGACUAGGACCCCUUUGACCAAAGAUGUAUUGAUUUUGACGAGGAAACUCACCCCGGUGCGUCUUGGACCUUUUGAAGACGCAAUUCAGGAGAAAGACUUCAAGAAGGCGGCGAUGAUGAUUUCUGAUGAUACUCCAAAGAUUGAAGCUGUUGGAAAGUACACCAGGUUGAUCAACAACGCGGUUGCCGUGGACCAGAUCGACCUCGCGUUUGAAAUGAUGAAGACUCUUCUCACCAAAUACGGAUAUGUCAAGUCUAACACUUUCACAAACUUGGCUAUGAAGUUGGUCGAGACAAAGCGAUUUGACGCGAUUGAAGAGCUGGGCACUUUGUUGUCUGUAAGGACUAAGGAUGCUAUUAAUUUUGGAAAAAUUGUUUGUAUUGCGAAGAUCAAGGACAAAGGCUUAAGACAUUUUGUUGAGACUUAUGACAUGGAAGCAGUUCAGUCAGACAAUCUAAAAGAUGUACAGAAAAAUCUUCACUUUGGAGCUAUAACCGAGGGACUGUUGAAAGAUGAAAGUUGCUUGGAGAUCUUUGAGAGCUGGGUGAAUAAAUUGGCUGAUAAGGGACUUUCAAGAGGCAAACACGCCAUUUGGUGUUACUACUUUAUCAAGAGGGAUCCCAAGGCAGAAGAUCUAUGGAAAACUGAGAUUCAGCAGAGUCCCUCGCCCCUUACGAAACCUAUUACUGAGUAUGCUUUACAGAAUAAAGAUAUUCAGUUGAUGGAGAUGCUCAAGAAGAAAUUUGAGAGCCAUCCAGGGUUGGCUAACAAUGCUUCUGCUAGGAUUUAUAGCGAUUUAAUAGAGCUUUAUAAUUCACUUGAACGAUUUGAAGACUCACUGAAAAUUUUCAAUGAAGUAAAAAGCCGAUUCCGGGAUAAUGUUGUACGGAAUGUGAUGAUAUUGGAUCUAAAAGAAGGACUGAAAAAAAUAGGAAAACGUUUCCCUUAUAAAAUUGAAUACGCAGAUUGGAAAAAAGAAAGCAAUGGAAAAGGAUCCCAACAAAUCGAAGACAUACAUUUAGAAAGAGAAGAAAAUUAUUCUAAUUAGCCACGUAGUAUAAAUUAUAAAUAACUCAUAACUAAUCAUACUUUUUAAAACCACUGUAAGAAAAUUUACUUUUAUUUGUAUACAAUACAUGCAUUGUUAUGUUUAUGGUAAUUAAACUUGUGUAUAAAAUAAA